AUUCCACUAAUUCCUCUGCUUUUCACAUAAUGAGUUACCAUUACUACUCUCCUCCACCACCGUCAACCCCAUCCCCACCCUUAGUUCAACCACCAUAUUCAAAUACCCAUGCUCCACCUCCAAAACCACCAUCAAAUUCAGCACCCCCACCAGGUCAUAAUGCGCCACCACCUCCACCUCCGCCACCAUCAUCAAAUUCAACACCCCCACCAGGUCAAAAUGCGCCACAACCUCCACCUUCAUCACCUCCUCAGGUAGCAUCUCCACCUAGCCCUACCAACAACUUUACCCCCCCACCUCCAACAUCACCCUCCAACGCGCCACCGCCAAAACAGAGCAUAUCACCAUCAUCACCACCUGCACCAACACAAACACCAACAAAAGGGUCUCCAAGUACAUCACCACCAACACCAACACCAACACCAACAGAAGGGUCUCCAAGUACAUCACCACCAACACCACAAAAGGGUCCAUAUUCUCCAGCACCUACCCCAAAGAGAGUCCCAUCUAACUCUCCAAACGGAGCACCAACAAAGGGUCCUGCUCACUCUCCAAAAUCAUAUCCAUACUCACCAUCAAGUUACUUGCCUCCAAGUUACGGAUCAGGUCCACUACCACCACCACCAUUUUCUAAUAAUAAUAAGGUAACACCACCUUCAGGGGGAAACAAUCAUACCACUGUGAUUGCAGUAUGUUCCUCCCUGGGUGGUGUUCUCUUCUUUGCGUUCAUCAUAGCUGGUAUUUUCUGCUUGGCCAAGAAGAGAAAGAGGGUUCCUGCAGCAGCGCCACCAGCACCAGGACAAGGAUCCUAUUACCAAUCAUCACCCCAUUACUGA